CGAAACAAAAAAUAAUUCGCCAAUUGGAUUGCCACUAAUAAAUGCAGUGGAAGAAGAGGUUUACUCGAUUGAAAGCAGCUACUGGAAAUUCGCGUGUGCGAAGAAUGCUUUGUUGUGGACGUAGAAAGGAGAAUGGCAGAUCAGUUCCUGAUGUCACCGCCAGCCCGGGACGAGCUCCGCCGGGCCCGCUGCCCGCCAAUCAGAUGUCGGCGCUGGGCAACCAGCAACAGGGCCAACAGCAACAUCAUCAUGGCAAUCAGCAGCAGCAGCAACAUCAUGGCAAUCAGCACCAGAAUCGCGGUCAAAGCGGUAGCAUAUCGAAUGCGGCCGGCGUCAAGGAUCCCGUCCUGCUGCAGGGUGACUUUCGUAAAGUCAGCGGCAUCAGUUCCGAGAUCUUUCGCCAGAUAGAGGCUGUUGAGAAUGAUCAUGAUCCGAAUACAGCUGCCGCCCUGGAGGCGGUUGAGCGGCGGGGGGAGAUGAUUGUGCGCAUUCUGGAGCCACGUUGUAUGGGCAGCAAACAAGCAGUCGAUGCGGCCCACAAGCUGAUGAACAAGGCCGAUGGAAGACAUACAGUGCAGUUGGUUGAAAUUGUAAAGCGUCCGGGCCAGACAUUGGGUCUCUAUAUACGCGAAGGCAAUGGAGCCGAUCGUACCGAUGGUGUCUUUAUUUCCCGCAUUGCUUUGGAAUCGGCAGUCUAUAACAGCGGAUGUCUGAGGGUUGGCGAUGAAAUACUUGCCGUUAAUUUGGUGGACGUCACCCAUAUGUCGCUGGACGAUGUUGUUAUCAUCAUGUCAAUUCCCCGUCGUCUGGUUCUUGCCAUACGCCAGAGGCGAGGCAAUCGGGGCACCGGCUCCCCGGGACCGCCAACGUUAUCACGGCCAGAACAGAAGCCGCCACCGGUGGUGGUCAUUAAGCGAGACCUGAGGGACGAGGAUCUGGAUGAAACGGAUCGAAUGCCGCGGCCGCGGUCAUCACGUGAAAGACGUACAGGUGAUGGCCGUGAGAUGACCGAAUCGCGCUCCCGUCUUGGUCUAGGCCUCAAUAACUAUAGUCCGCAAUCGGAGCAGCUGGAUAUGUACUAUAACACGCGAGGAGGAGCACCAGUGAAUGUGAACGCAAUGGGAGAGCCACCAAACUGGGGCUAUAAGCCGCCGCCACCGCCAUCCUCGGUUAUCACAGAGCAGCCCACUAAGGGUCAUGGUCAUGCUUUUGCUCCCUCACAUGCCUACUAUCAGAAUGCUGGGACCUUGGAGAGCCUAGCCGAGAAAGUGCAUUCGUUUUAUCCGGGUGCACCUGGACCAGCUGUAGUCGGAGGUCCUUCCCGCCGGAUGUCCACAGGGACUGGUAAUGUAGGCCUGGUCCAACAGCAUGCACGAUUUCCCCGUUCUGGUUCCGAUCAACACUUGCCGCGUGUUGAGUAUGCAGACUAUUCCAACUCCCUGGGCAGGCAUUCGUUACUCCGUUCCAGCCUGAAGCCAGGCACAGCCGGAGGAGCACCCAUGCCUGUCGGAGUUGGUGGCACUCUGGGUCGCUAUGGCCGUUAUGAGCAACAACGCGGAGGUGUCUCCAAAUACGGUCCACCAGCGGCUGGGGCUCAGUCGCUGACACGUCGGUCGCGACCAAACCUCGACUACUCCAGCGAUACAGAGGCAACUAUUGGACCUCGUCCAAGUUAUUAUUACUACAACAGACCCGCCAUUGGCAGCAUGCCUCGUGGAGCUGGCCAUGUGGGAGCCGGCGGAGCAGCUGCAGCAGCUGCCAUGCUGGCGGGUGCAACAGAUCUCAACAAAUUCAAUUCACUGCCGCGGGAGAGGCCUGGAGUGAGAUUACAGGGGAUACGCUCACGAAUCGGUGAUCGUAUUAUGGAUGAGAACGAUGGCAAUACAUCCGCUCCGGAGUUCGAUGCGAGACGUGGACGAGAUCUGAGACAGCGAAUUACGGCCAGCCCCUCCAUCUUCACGGCCGAUGAGUAUCGCGCCUGGUUACGAAGGGCACCAAGCAGCUCGGCAAUUGCGGAGCAGAUGCGUAUGACUCGUGAUAUGUUUGCUCAGCCGCGAUCACAUCGAUUCUCCUGUAGUGCCGAGAACAUUCACGAUGCCCUGCGGAAUACCGAAAGCAUCUACUCGAGCAGAACGGGAAUUCUAGGUACUGGCACCCUGGAUCGCAAUAUGGGAUUAACUCGCCCCAUUUCUGCAUUACCGGUGCGUUCGAUGUCCUCGCAACAUAUUGGUGGAGCCGGCUCCAUACGGUCACCCAGCAUACGACGUAUGCGACAGCUCCUGGAACUGUCGGCUGGUCCGGCCAGCCCCAGUGGUAGUAUUAUGAGCACUGGUGGCCAUCAGAGUCCAGCGCCGACGCCCAGUGCAACUUUGCCGCGUCAGCAUCGACAGAUUGACAUCAAUCCGGCGGAGUUCGCCAAAUACAAGUUGGACAAACCGAUCGUAGACAUCGGCGGCGUAUCGGGAAUGCUGUGGAUUCAUUUGCUGGCCGGUCGGGGAUUGCGAACGGCGCCUGAGAUGGCAGCUGGUGGCCAGCAUGUGGGCGUGGCUCCAGGUGCACCGCCUCCAGGACAGACCAGAGAUCUGUACUGUGUCAUUGAAUGUGAUCGGGUGCACAAAGCUCGCACAGUGGUGCGUUCCGGUGACUUGCAAUUCGAUUGGGAUGAAUCCUUUGAGUUGGAUUUGGUGGGCAAUAAGCAAUUAGAUGUGUUGGUCUACUCCUGGGAUCCGCAGCAUCGGCACAAGCUCUGCUACCGCGGAGCCAUCUCACUAUCGGCUGUCUUGCGGCAGUCGCCACUCCAUCAGUUGGCUCUGAAGGUGGAGCCGCGUGGCACCAUCUACAUACGUAUGCGGCACACAGAUCCAUUGGCUUUAUAUAAGCGACGUGGCCUGCCCAGCUUAAGGGCCGGUUAUCCCACACUCUUUGGAGCCGAUCUGGAGACAGUCGUCAACCGGGAAUCUAAGGGAGCGCCAGGUUGUGCACCCGUGCCCAUUGUGUUGCGACGCUGUGUGGAGGAGGUGGAGCGACGUGGUCUCGAUAUAAUCGGAUUGUAUCGGCUGUGUGGCUCGGCCACGAAAAAGCGUCUAUUGCGCGAAGCCUUCGAGCGUAAUAGUCGUGCCGUGGAAUUGAGCCCGGAACAUGUUCCUGAUAUAAAUGUUAUUACCGGCGUGCUCAAGGAUUAUCUCAGGGAGCUGCCCGAACCGCUGUUUACCCGUUGUCUCUUCCAAAUGACGGUGGAUGCCUUGGCUGUUUGCCUACCAGACGAUCCUGAGGGUAAUGCGAAAUUGAUGCUUAGCAUACUCGAUUGCCUGCCAAGGGCGAAUAGGGCUACUCUCGUUUUCCUGCUAGAUCAUUUGUCGCUGGUCGUUUCGAAUUCGGAGCGCAAUAAGAUGUCCGCCCAGGCGCUGGCCACAGUGAUGGGUCCACCGCUGAUGCUGCACUCGGCUAGUGCGCAGCCGGGGGCUGAUAUCGAUCAUGCCCAGCCGAUAGCGGUAUUAAAGUAUCUGCUACAGAUAUGGCCACAGCCGCAGACGCAGCAUCAGCAGCUGGCGCAGCACAUGACCACAGCCGGCAGUAUGAGCAAUAUGGCUGGCGUUGCUUCAGGUCGGCGCGGCGAGUCAACAGGGCAGCGUGGAAGCAAAGUCAGUGCGUUGCCAGCGGACAGACAGCAAAUACUACUGCAGCAGCAGCAGCAGCUCAUGGCGGCGGGCAAUCUUCUACGCUCGUCCACUUCGGUAACCAACAUACUCUCCCAAGGCCAUCAUCAGCUCUCAGCCACAGCCAACACUCAUCUGUAUCAAUCAGUAGUGGGUCAGUUAGCUCAAUCGCAUCGAGCCUUGCAACAAGCGGUGCAACAGCCCUAUCAAUUGGGGGGCUCAGCGGGCUCAGUAAUUCCCGACCAAUCGCCACUGCCACUUCCAGGCACACCCUCCCCAGGCAGUAGCUCGGCUUCGACGGGCUCCGGCUCGGGAUCGGGUUCGGGAUCGGGUAAAAGCACUGAUACAAUUAAGCGAGGUGCCUCGCCUGCGUCCGUCAAGCAGGUGAAAAUCAUCGACACUGCCAGCCCGUAUUCGAUUGUGCAGAAGAAGCCGCCACUACAGAAAGAUGUUCACAUUGAUCUGACAACGCCCACUACCCAGACGGAUGCUCAAGCCAAAGGCCUAAGUAGCACCGCUGCAACAACAACUCCACUUCGCAAGGGCAAUGUCGAUUUCUAUGAACCGCACAAACGUGAUGACUCCAACUCCAGCUAUAGCUCCUCCAAGUACGCCAGUCUGGAUGCCAAAAAGAACAAUUACGGCAGUAGCAACAACAACGGCAGCAGCAGCAACAACUACACGCCCAGCAAGUCGAGCAUUUCCACUGACGAUUACAAGGCCAUACGAAACAAGUCGAGUGCCACCUCCAGUUCGAGCUCAUCUCAGGCCACAGUGCUGAGUGCAGCAGGUUCAACGGGCACUUCGGCACCCACCACAUCCUCAGACGACUCGGACGAUCUUGUCUCGUACAAGUCGUCGGCCUCUACUAAUGCCCUGCUGGCUCAAUCUCAGGCCAUGACCACCAGCCAGCUGAUGUCCAAGUAUUUGAAACGUGAACCGCGUGUCCAAUUUACACCCAUCAAGUCACCGGAAUCACCAUCACCGCCAGGCGGAGGCGAUGGUCUGCCCAAAGGUACCUAUCAACUGAUUGCAUCUGGUGGCAGCUCUUCCUCCUCGCCCUCCGUCAAGCCGAGUGCCACAACGGGAGCCAUCAGCAAGUACACAACAUCAUCAUCCGCUGAUACCAGCAGCCAGAGAAUGCUCUCGUCACCAUCACGCCUGUCCAAGGAUAAUAACAAAUCCAACACAAGUGCAGCUGGGACUAGCGCUUCCACCUCGUCGUCCAUUGUAUCGACGGGGCGGCGUCUGUUCGAUAGUCUGGCCUCGUCUUCAUCCUCGGAAACGGAGACCAAAACCUACAUUGGCGGCACCACAGUGGCCAGUUCGGCCAGCACCACCACAACCUAUACGAAUGACAGUAGUAGCCAUAAGUCGGGUUCGGGUUCAGGGUCGGGGGCAGGAUCAGAGCAUAGAAGUUUCGGUAGCACACUAUUUGGUAGCAGUGGCUUGGGCAACGGUUCGUCUAGUAAUCAUUCUAGCAGUAAUCAUCAUUCUGGCACGAAUGGCAAUGGCACUCACAAUGCCAUGCAUCUGUAUGGAACGCUACCAAAGAAGGAUGGCCCAAGUGCCGGAGCCGCUCUCUUUGGCGGCACAGCCAGUUCCUCAUCCUACCAUUCGGGUGGCAGUGGCUCUGGUACGGCCAGCAGCAGUGGGGUUAGUUCCAUGACUGGUUCCACCAAUAGCUAUGAUUUCUAUACGAGCAGCAGCAGCAGCUCCCACACUAGCAGCAGUUCGCGUCCCUUUGCCAACGGGGGUAACAAUUACCAUACGCUAGGCACAUAUAGGGCACAGUAUGCGGCCACCAAUCCAUUUCUCGAUGCCUUUGACGAGAAGCCCCACAGCAAUGGGGGCGGCAGUGGCAGUAGUAACAAUGGACACCACAUCAGUGAGGAUAAGCUAGGCGCUGCAUCGGUUGCCGCCGAUAAGCGAACAUCCGUAAUGGCUGCUUUUCAGUCAUCGGGUGAGUCAUCGAAGAACGGCAGCGAUGAGUACGAUGAUCUCAAAUGAGUGAACCGUCGGAAUAGGACAGAAUAUCAUUCAAUGCGUAUAAUGCUAUAGCUUAACCGUUAUUCAAACAUAACGAAACCAUGCUGAACGUGUUCUUUUGGAGUAUUUACAGUUUACAAAUUUACACAGAAUUAUGUUAGAAAACGAUAAAAAUUAAAAAAAA